AUGAGCUGCGUGGACGACCCGCACUGCGCGUUCAGUUGGGCGGACGGCCCGCUAGGAAGCAGCAGCCCCUCCUUCUUUGCCUGCGACCUCGUCGCCGCCGCGCAUCGCCCUUCGCCCUUCGUGCUCCUCUCACCACUCCCCAUGUGCGCAGACUCACGCGCCGCGCUGGCGAGCUCGAGUGUGCGCGAGCUGAUGGAGCGAUGCGAAGCUGAACGGCACAACACGUGGCAGCAGCGCUGGUGGAACGGCGCGGCCGCCCAGCAGAACCACUCCGCUGCGCUCCCCGUGCGCGCCCCGGAGAACUCCGCGCGGGUCCCAGCGUGGGGCGCAGCAGCAGGCGGCGCUUUGACCCACUUGCAGCCACUGCUAGCCGCAGCAGCAUUGGGUACAGCAGAGCUGUGGGGCGGCAAUGAAACCGCACACAACGACGCACAAGCAAGAAGCUGUCUGAACGGGCUGUGCAGCCCCACUCACAGUUGGCGAGAGGCAGCAGAGGCGUGUCCCACACGCUCGCCUCCACGCCGCGGUGGCGCUGCUGCAGCAAGCACCACAGGCGGUGCAGACGACGCGGUGAGCAGGGCCGGUGCUGCUAGCACAGGUGGGGCACAGGGUGCGCGUGGGUGUAGCGCGGUGGAAAGGGAGGGCGCGAGAAGGACACCAUCGCGCCGUGGCAAGCUGAGGCGCUCCUCAACAGCCGGAGCAGCCAUGUUGGCGGGAGGAGGAGAAGAGACGGGCGGCAGUGCAGAUGAGAGCGCGUGGCGUGCAGUUAGUGGCGCCGGGGGGAGCCAAGCCACCGCUACCCCACUCACCUCCUCUCGCCGCCUCCACUCCUGUGCGUCCGCUGCUGCUGCUGCUGCCCCUGGGAGUGGCGGGCACGGUGCGGACGGGUGGAUGUGGGAGUACCAGGGGUGCUGCGAGCACAGCAAUUGGAACUUCAGCAGCGCCGCCCACUCCCCGCAGACACACCUUCACGUCGCUCACAGCACUGCCCGCACUAGCGGCUCCUCGUUCUUCUCCCCGUCGCACCACGCGCUCAACCCUGCCCACGACCUGCUGCCUGGCUCUGCUUACCUCCACCUCUCUGCGCUUGAUGCCUGCUGUGCAGCAGCAGCAGCAGCAGCAGCAGCAGCAGCAGCAGAGUGGUCACCACGGGAGGCCACUCCCCCUUCCACGCCAGCCACACCUGCACUGCCGCCCAUCCCCAUUGCACCACCCAGCACUGCUCCUCCACCUCCCACGCCCAGCCUGGCACAGCUGCAGCAGGCCAUCCCGUGUGCUGCUGUCACGGGUGCUGUGGGCGAUGAGGGGAAGGCAGGGAGGUGGAGAUUCAGGAUAAAUUAUCCUGAUAACAUAGGGCCUGCUCACACGGCUGAGGCGGCAGCGCUCGGACAGGCGGAGGCAGGCAAGCAGGAGCCGUGGCCUCUCUGUGCUGCUCACCUGCUGCGUGCACUGAUCAGUCAUUGUACCUCAUCGCCUCGAUUCCAGCCCCGGGCGUUUCUUGCUGUCAUGUCAUCCCCUCCAAAAAAAAGAAAAAGGUUAACAAAAUGGGCGUACAAGGGGAUCUAA